AUGUCUGCUCCGCCACCCACCCCGCCGCUGCCCACCUCGCCGCUGUCCAUCGCCACCGCCCUCUCCACGGCGCCGCUGGCGCUUCCCGCCGCCGCGGUCGACAACUCCACCGCGCUGCUGGCGCUUCCCACCGCGCUGCUGGCGCUUCCCACCGCGCCGCUCAGCUCCUCCGCGGGGGCCUCCACCGGCCAGUCGCUGCCCGUCACCGCGCCACCUGUCGCCAUCUACUCCCCGGUGGAGAUCACCAGGUCCUUAAUGACCUCGUCACCGCCGUCCAGGGCAUCCGCCUCUACCUGGCCGGGCCUUACGGGCAGCCGCUGGCCGCCGCGACCGGGCCAUCCGCCCUGCCCUGGUACGCGGCCACCACGGCGCCGAUCGGGCCUCUACACCACCAUUGGCCCGGUCAGCCGCCGCCCCCUACUGGCCGCAGUGGCCGGCCCCGGCGAUCGCUGCGUCUCCGACGCCUCCCGGGUCCGGGCAGCCGCCGCCCCAGCUGUCGGCCCCACCGCCGCCCGCUGCCACGCCUCAAUGGCCACAGUGGCCGGCCCCGGCCCUCGCUGCGCCCCCACGCCAUCCGGGUCCGUGCUGCCACAGCCGCAACUGCCAGCCCCACCACCGCCCAGCACGGGGCCCGGGUCACCCACGCAGGGAGGCGUACCGGUCCAGCAAGUGCGCUUCCCGCCGUCGCCGUCCCCAAUACCAGCCUGGCUAACCGGAUCAUCGCCGCUACCCGUCUACACGUCGGCAGGAGACCCGCGAGCGCCCACUCUGCAGUUCGGCGAUCCCUCCGGCUCGGUGGGGCACUCCACGGGCCGCAGCCAUGCUGACCGGGCACCCCAAUCCUCGCUGCUUCGCACCUUCGAGCCAGUUGGCCACGGCGCUCCGACUCAGACACCACCGCGGUUUGCCAAGCUGGACUUCGCCACCUAUGACGGCACGGAGGACCCCCUCAACUGGCUCAACCAGUGCGAGCAGUUCUUUCGCGGGCAGCGCACCCUCGCCUCGGAGCAUACCUAG